GAGGUAUUUCUUCAAUUUCAGAUUCAGAAACCCUAGUUUCACCACGACAAGCGAAACACACUCUCUUUUCUUCUUCUUUGCUCUCCUCUCUCGGAGCCGCUCGAGUGCUUUCGCCUAUUCUCACUAGAAAAGAGUCUGCUUUAUUGACCAUAGUUCAUGUGCCAGUGACAUUUUACAGAACAAAAUGUCACGUGUGUACGUGGGGAAUUUGGACCCGCGAGUUACUGAGCGUGAACUCGAGGAUGAGUUUCGUGUCUAUGGAGUUAUCAGGAGUGUUUGGGUUGCUCGUAGACCACCUGGCUAUGCUUUUCUUGAUUUCGAGGAUCCUAGGGAUGCUCGUGAUGCCAUCCGUGAUUUAGAUGGUAAGAAUGGCUGGAGGGUGGAACAGUCUCACAACCGAGGAGGUGGAGGCGGCCGUGGUGGUGACCGUGGAGGCGAUCGUGGUGGUCGUGGUGGUUCUGAUUUGAAGUGCUAUGAGUGUGGUGAGCCUGGUCACUUUGCACGUGAAUGCCGCAACCGUGGUGGCACAGGGAGGCGUCGCAGCAGGAGUCGCAGUCCAAGAUACAGGAGGAGCCCAAGCUAUGGACGGAGGAGCUACAGCCCUCGCGCAAGAUCUCCUCCUCCUCCAAGGCGCCGCAGUCCAUCUCCUCCUCCUGCUCGUGGUCGCAGCUACAGUAGAUCACCUCCUCUGUAUAGAGGCCGUGAGGAGCUGCCUUAUGUCAAUGGAAAUGGCCUGAAAGAUAGGCGCAGAAGCCGGAGCUGAGAGUUUAUGCUGCGUAACUGGGGAUUAUCAGAGAGUACUACUUAGCUUUUGAAUAGAUGAGAAACUAUGUUUUUGGUUGAAUAAUGGAAAUUAUUAAGAAGAUCAAUUAAUCGUCA